AUGUCCCCUCUGAUGACCGAUGCUGAGAGCGCUGCGGCCGUGGCGGCCGUGGCGGCCGUGGCUGCGGCCGUGGCGCUCGAGCGGUCAGUGGGGCUCCAAGACAGCGAGGUGUGCCAUCCGCUCUCGGAGCGCCCCUAUGCCAGCAUCGACACCCUCAUCGCCCACAGCCUCUCUGCCACGAAGCUCAGCGCCGCUGGCCUUUGGGAAGUGACGGUGACGACAUGGCUCUCUUGCGUCUGCGUGACCGACGUGUCGAAAGAACUUCCAGAGAAGAAGGCUGAUUCCAGUGAUGCCGUGUGCUCCGGUAGUUACACAGCGGUGUUAGAUGCGAUCGUUUGCUCUGAUGUCACUGUCGGAAUCAAGGCGGCCAACGUCGGGUCACACGAGGGCACAGAUGAAAGGUUCAGCGACAGUGCAACCGACAAGAAGAGCCUUAGCCUUAGUGGGUUCAGCUCACAGCCCUUUCGGUCAUCUGCACAGAUUGCGGCGAGGGGAGUGCUCUGCGAGGGUCCGGGCCCGGAUCGGCUUUUGGACAUGGCAGCGCAGUGUCACAAGAAGUCUUCUACGAUGUCGGAAGGGACAUGCUUGGCCGCCACGAACAAGAUGGCAUUAAUGUUCUUCAUGACGGCCAUGGUGAAGAAGAGGAUCCAUUUGGUCUUUCAAGCCUUGAGUGUGGCAGUGCGGAUUGAAAUUGAUGAGAUGGUUCGGCUUUCAACUUCAAUGCCUGGCUUCGGGGCUGUAAGGUUGUUGGGCAUCGUCGCUGAGGCCGAGGCCAUUCUGUGCAUUCUGAGUGAUGCUUUCCGGAGACCUUCUCCAUGCAUUUGCAUGGCCAAGGUCCGAGCAAGACUUCAGUCGCAUGGCUGA